AUGUUGCUCCGUUCCGAGAAAUGUAAUAUUGGGCAAAUAUUUUGUAAAGGAUCUCUGGGUCUCGAACCGGAUUUCAAGUUUCCUCUGGAGAAUGUUACCAUCGCACAAGGAAGAGACGCGACAUUCACCUGUGUGGUCAAUAAUCUAGGUGGUUAUAGGGUGAGUGGCGACUCCGCCACUGCCAGGGUAGCGUGGAUCAAGGCGGAUACAAAGGCAAUUCUAGCGAUACACGAGCACGUGAUCACUAACAACGCGCGGCUAAGCGUCACCCAUAACGACUACAAUACGUGGACGCUGAGCAUUCGUGGCGUAAAGAGAGAAGACAGAGGACAAUAUAUGUGCCAAGUUAACACAGAUCCUAUGAAAAUGCAGACAGCAUUUCUUGAAGUUGUAAUACCCCCUGACAUCGUGUAUGAAGAGACAUCCGGCGAUAUGAUGGUACCAGAAGGCGGUGCAGCUAAGUUAGUGUGUAAGGCAAGGGGUUACCCUCCACCAAGAAUCGUCUGGCGAAGAGAAGAUGGAGGGGACCUCAUUUCUAGAGGCGGACCACAGGGGAAAACAAAAGUGUCGUCACUGGAGGGCGAGAUAGUGAACCUGACGAAAGUGACUCGCUCCGAAAUGGGGGCGUAUUUAUGCAUCGCGGCAAACGGCGUACCACCAUCCGUCAGCAAGAGGAUUAUGCUCCACGUGCAUUUCCACCCAUUAGUACAAGUCCCAAAUCAGCUUGUGGGUGCUCCGACGGGCACAGAUGUCAACCUUCAGUGCCACGUGGAAGCUUCGCCGAAGGCUAUCAACUAUUGGACUAGGGAAAAUGGUGAAAUGAUUAUUACUAAUGACAAGUACCAGAUGAGUGAAAUCAGCAAUUCGGCGUACAGUGUUCAAAUGCGUUUAAUUGUACAUAAUAUUCAAGACACUGAUAUGGGAGGCUACAAGUGUAUAUCCAAGAACUCCAUUGGUGAUGCUGAAGGAACCAUUAGAUUAUAUAAAAUGGAGCUACCAUAUCUUAAAUCACGAGUCGAAGACACAGAAACGAAUUACGUAGAGACAAACGAUGUGCGGUCCAGUCUCCAAGGCCCGCUGCGGGAAGGAGGGCAUCGUACUGAGGACGCGGACUUCCUGGGAGGUCGACCCUCACCCGCUACGUCUUGUCGAGUCACCCCACACGCGAUUUUCUUACUAACUGCCUUAGCUCUCGCGUGCUAA